AUGGCGGAGUACGCUAGAGAAAGUGGGGACGAGGAUCGGUAUGCCGCUGAGAAGGACAAUCCACGGUACUCGGACGAGGAACUGCGAAGAUCAUCGAGUCGGUCGAAGAAGCGAGGACAUCAUUCGACGUCUUUGAGCAAGAGUCGAAGCAGGUCUCGGAGUCGGUCGCGGGAUCAUCGCCAUCGACAUAGCAGGUCACGGUCGCAUAGCCGAACUCGCAGCCGCAGCAAUUCCGGGGAACGCGAGGGUGUCAGAGUACAUGUCGGAGAGAUCGGUGAGGAUCGGGUUGCGAGCGAGGCUCGUUCGAUCUCGUAUUCUUCAUUCAAAACCGUCGCCUCUUUUUCCUGUUCAUAG